CAUAAUAUAUAUUAAUAGGGGUCUAAUAAGAUAAUAACAUAUAUCUCAUCACAUGACAUUUGUAUAUAUAAACAGCAUCCUUUGAAAAACCAUCUACCAAACUGCAGCAUACUAUAAAACUAGGUUAUUUAGCCAGAAAACCAUCCGUACUGACCCUAUAUAUAUAUAUACAUACAUAUAUCUGAAUUAAUCAUGUCAUGUUCAUAUUCGACUGUUUCUCUACCUUUUUUCUUAAGUACUAGGCAAAUAUUGAAAUAUUCAUCAUCUCCCAAGCGGUUUAAUGCUAAUAAUAAAGCCAUCCAAUCAAAUAUUAGAGCUCAAAGCUACAGAGAUCACCAUCAUCAUCAUGAAGGACCAUCAUCAAGAUCAAGUAAUCAUAUUGUGGAUGCAAAUUUGAGCAUUCUAGAAGUGAGAAUAGAGGAAAUUAAAUUGAAGGAAAAACUUGAGAGAUGUUGUAGAAGUGAUCAUUACGGAUGGAAUAAUUAUACCGUCCCCGCCACCACCAGAAAAAGUAAUUACAGAAAAAGAGGUCAGCCGGCGGCGUUAAGGCAGUUGCUCGAACUGGCGACCAUUGUUGGCGGCACUCUUGGAUUCACCAUUUUCACCGGCACUCUCUUCCUCUGCCUUGUCUCCCUUUCUCUUCAUAUGAAUCAAAUAAGUCUUUGAAGAAAUUUGGUGAUAAUAUAUAUAUAUGACUAGAAAUAUAUAUAUAUAUAUAUUUAUUAGAAGAUAAAAUAUAUCAUCAAUUCAUUAGUAACAAUAUUCAUUAAUUACUUCAUGUAUAGUACCUUCCCAUGUAAUUAAACUGCAAAUUUAACCACUGUUCUAUCUCUUUGUAAUUUUUUUUUUUCACACGGAAAUGAA